GUCACACCAGGAAGUGAAGCUCCCUCCGGCCGACAGCAGCAGCAACUAGCGGUAGCGUUAGCAUUAGCACUAGUUUCCCUCAGAAGAAUCCGCCGCAUGAAAGUGUUCGUGGAUCCGGUUCCUGCCGAGCUGAAGUGCUGAAUGUCCGUCUGGUGUCGGUGGAGAUGACACCGAGAUGACUCACCAGUGGCUUGGACAUCUGUGAUUUGACGGAAGAUGAGGCUCGCUGAGCUCGUCAGACUAAUGAUUGCCACUGUAGGCGCACGCACCCGCGCUGACAUGGACAACAAACUAUGGUGAAUCAUGUUUGUUGCUUUUUGCGCACCGCACUCGCUGAAAAAACUAACUACAUAAAUUAUCAUUUAGCUCGUUUCGAAUGGCUUUCAGUUAGAUAACCAGUGCUGACGAUGUCGCUGGGCGAGCAGUCUCAAAAGUGGUUUCCAACCCAUGUCCAAGCCACUGUUCUUCAAGCAACCGGUUUACAGCCGAAGGGCAAACAUGGCACCAAUGAUGCCUACACUAUCAUCCAGCUGGGCAAAGAAAAGUACUCGACGUCAGUGGCAGAGAAGACACUUAACCCCGUCUGGAGAGAAGAAGCCUCCUUUGAAUUACCUGGUUUACUUUUGGAGGGCAACCCGGAAGUGUACGAACUCUGCCUUAUAGUGAUGCAUCGCUCCUUGGUUGGGAUGGACAAGUUCCUGGGCCAGAGGUUCAUCAACCUUAAUGAGAUCUUUGAUAACAAGGAGCGAAAGAAAACCGACUGGUAUUCCUUGGAGUCGAAGCCGGGGAAUAAGAAGAAAGAACGAGGCCGCAUCCAAGUCAGCAUCCAGUUUAUGAGGAACAACAUGACGGCCAGCAUGUUCGACCUCUCCAUGAAGGAAAAGCCCCGCUCGCCUUUUUCCAAACUUAAGGACAAAAUGAAGGGUCGCAAGCACGACAGCGGCUUUUGUGACACCUCUUCGGCCAUCCUGCCUCGCUCUGCCGUGUGCGACUCAGAGCCUAACCGCCAGUCCUUCGCCCCUGAACCACAACCCCAGCCUGAAGCGAAGGCUAAGAGAUCCCUGCUCGCUGGGACCCAUAAACUCUCUGCAGCCCAUUCCAUGUCAGAUCUCAUUGGGACCCACUUUCGACCCAAACUAGACUCCAUGAACUCCAUAGAAGAGAGUGGCGGCCCUCACAGACGUUCCCAGAGCGAGGUGCCAGGCUACGAGGACGGCGAGGCACACAGUGACCCUUUCACUGAUAUCAGUGACACCCUGCCACAGAAGUAUGCCACGCUCCCACGCAACCGCAACCCGUUUGAGGGGGAGCACGGGCAGCUGUGGGACCGGGCAGAGCGGAAGGAGAAAAAGGAGAAGGUCAGCCUACUGGAACGCGUGACGGGAAAGAAGGAAGGCCGCAAGACCAGCAACGGGGCGCGCUCGGGCAGCUCUGGAGACCUACGUUCCCCCAACCCCUUUAGUGGAGACUCGCAAGCAGACACAAACCCGUUCAGCUCCAACUACAAAGCCAGUGAUAAAAAGUCAACAAGAAAUGAAGACAUCACCUUUGGCCAGAAGAAGAAGGACAUCUACGGGAAGAAAAAGGAGGUGACGCAGGAAAGCAUCGCCGCCUAUAGCAACUUAUCCUUUGAGGAAGUUGUGCAGGAACUCAUCAAGCAGAAAGAAGUGGUGAGAAAGAAGGACGCCCACAUCAGGGAGCUGGAAGACUACAUCGAUAACCUGCUUGUGCGCGUCAUGGAGGAGACGCCGAGUAUUCUACGGACACCCUAUGAGCCCAAAAAGAAGGCGGGUAAACUUAGUAAAAAGUAGAAGGAAAAGACACAGGAAGUUACUAAUGAAGGUUUAGCAGUAGCUCAUGUAUCGGUUUCAUGGUAAAAUAAGUGGGAACAAAUGGGAUUGAUCAAAGCCAAAUUUAUGAUUGAGUUAUGUCUUUGCUUUAGAACAUUUGUGUGCAGUGGAUGUAGUUUUUAUAGACUUUUUUUCCCCCCCUAAUGUUUUGUUUAUUUUAUUUUAGGUUUGUUUGGUAGAAAUAUAAUUCCAAUAUUUCAAAAUUCAGAAUUACUUUAUGAAUACUUGGUGCAACUUUAGGUACUUAAACAGGAUAAGAGAAAUUCAUGAGUCGAUUCAAAUCAAACGAAAUCCAUAUUUUUUUGUCAAAUAUUAGGUUUAGCUAUGUUGUAUGCACUUGUGAACCCACAGAAGUUUGUUGCACACGCAGCUGCCACCAUCUGCCCAGAAGCUCUUAAGGUGCAAAUGCAGCCAAAUUUAUGUUUACCAGAUGCUGUAGUCGCAGUCGUGUGCUGUUUGCUGAACAAUGGUCAAGUGGUUAAUGAGAUGAGGCUGUAGUUACUGUGUUUACACUCAAGCGCGAGUCUUAAACUUGACACCUAAAACUACGAGAACACAUUUACAGAGGCUUUGUCCCGAGCUUCUUACACGUUACAGAUGUGGAUGAACUCUGCUCUCCUACCUAAUAGCUUCUGUGAUUCAUGGGUAUUGUUUGAAAGACUGGAGGAGAGUUACGGUAAGAAGCUGCUUGACAGUAUCUGGGAGUCUGGUUUCUCUCUAGCUUACUGAGUCAUGCAUUUGAAAAAGUAAAAAAAAACGAACAAAGUACAUUCCUAUUAUUGGUUACUGACUUUCCAUUCUUUAUUUUAUUUGUGAUGACUAUCAGUUAAGUUUCUUGGGCGGGGGAAAGGUGAUAAUUUUACUGACUUUUAAGUGCAAUAAUCAUAACUUGGGUAUCUUGCUUUAUAUUCUGCUGGUUUACAUUUUAAUCACAUCUUAAUGUUGAUUUUGAUUCAGUGGAAAAGCUUCUUUGUUACAGCCUCCACAGAUUGCCCAGCCUUCAUCUCCCUCAAAUACAGUUUAUGCUGAAGAUUGUAUUAAUGGUACCGUUGCUGCACAUGUGGUUAUAUGCUGAACAAUCUUUAUUUAUCAAAAGUUAAUUUACAUAUGAACUUUAUUUUAAUGUAUUUUUAAGGUACUUUAUGGUAAAAGAAACGCUACUGUAUCCCAAAACCUGUUCCCUCACCACCUGCUCUACUGUAAAAACACAAAUCUGAAAAAAAACUGGCUCAUUUGAGUAAAUAUUCACGUGUUUAAGUCUUACUGAUACAAUGUUUAUAUGUAAUUCCCAUUAGCAUCAAUAUUUGUUUACCUUUUAAAUGAAAUACUAGUCACAAAUUAAUUGUGCCUCAAUAUAUUUCAGCUAUUUUUUCUUUUUGUAUUAUCAAAACAGUCCAGAUUCUCACAUUCAUAUAAGAUAUAAGUGUGUCUUACCAGUUCACUGAGUACUAAUGAGAACCGGUUCCUAAUUGUUCAUGGUAAACAGCCAAUGAUUGUCAUUCAGGUCACAAGUAACUGUUUGACACCCUAUGUCAGAAGCUAACCGUCCUCAUUUCACAGUUUUAUGUCAUCUCAUAUGUCGCCUCAAUCUGUGACGCUAAUGUCAUAACAACAUAUGUUGUUUCCGUGUUAAACAGCACUCUUUAAUUCUGUUUAUCACUUUCUACUGAACAAACGCUGAAUGAGCUACGGGGCAGCUGUUAGAUUGCACUGCUGGUACUGAAACAAACUAAAUGACUACUUAAAGUUUUAAGUCUCAGAAAGAGUUUUUAUCACCUAUUACCUGUGCUUGUGCUAGAUGUUCAACGAUAGUACGAUCACUUACUAAUGUUUAGGUUUACAUUUUUAAUUGUUUUUUGCUAUUUAAUGGAAGCCGCUUCAUGUACAGUGUUAAAUAUGCUUUGUAUUAUAGUUUACUCAAGGUUGCACACGUCACAUCAUUCUUAAUGAUGUAUCAAACCUCUUUUGUCAGAUGCUGAUCCAUCUUGUCCUUUCGCUGGUAUUAUUUCUGGUAUUUAUGUCUUCUUUUGUAAUUGCGUCUUCAAAAUAUUUGACCUUUACACUGUAUGAUACCAAAUCACAGCUGAGACAAAGUGCUACACUUUAUCUAUGGAAUGUCAACAGUCAAAAAACACUUGUCAGUUUUCAUUUUUCAUGAAUGUUACACCACUCAGAAACACAUUUUUUGUCAUGUACUAAUUAUUUCUGCUGCUGUGAGAGUAGUUAUUUCAUCUGAAGGUUUGUGAUCUCUUUUGGAACUUGAAGCCAAAAUCUUUUUGUUACUGAAUGUAUUCUGGUUGGCUUUGAAACACACAAUUCUGAAAUGUAUAAUAAUAUACAGUACACUAACAAGGCCAUUGAACCUUUUCUUGCCUUUAAAGUAUUUGGUGUAUCCAAAGAGAUCAUUUCAUAUGGGUGAUUCUUCUCCCCUUCUUUCUGUCUAUUGGUCUGACAAAACUCAGACAUCUUCAUUAUGGUUGUGAGAUGAUGUGACACAGAUGCUGGGUAAAUUCAUUUUGUAUUGGGGGGGGGAGUUAUCUGAUUUGCAUAUAUUUUGUAAAGCCAAAAAUGUUGGAAUCGGUGCAUGAAAUGAUGAGUGUUAUGUGAUGCUAAUUAAGAAGAUAUGUGGAUAAGAAUCUGUUUUCCAUUAUGGAAAAGCUUCUCACUGAUUGCCUUCCUACAUGUGCUGAAGUGUAAACUCUCUGUCUCCUCAUUUUACAGGCUUUACCAACAGCUUUAACUAGUCUGUGUCGGUAGUUAGCCGGUUGUACAUGGACCUUGCCGAGCUCUUAAUACUUCCAUUGUACAUACUGUAUAGUCACUUUGUAAUAUCACUUCACCUCCUUUGGUAUUUUGCACAUUUUGUUGUGCUGUAAAAUGUCUGAAAAUGUGCUUCCUGGGGAUUUAUUCUGUCUGAAGUUCAGUCAAAAUACAACUAAAGUUAAAUGGAAUUUCAAAAGUGGGAAUAAACGUGUAAAACUGAAGGAAAAAAGUAUUCCCCACCCAUCUUUCAUUUGAGCUAAACUGACAUUGGCAAACUGUGAUUUAAUUGUGAUACUCAGGCAUUUUAAUAGGUUUUCUUUCUCGGGCCUUUUUGUAGCUACAGAUAAUUUCUCGUUGCCAGCAAAGCAAAUGCGAGGAUUUCUUCCGGUGGUAUUCUAGUGAAUGUCAUAUUGUGCAUUGUAGAGAGAGUAAUGCUCAUACAGAGUAUGGAACAGGUGAUUUACACUUAGGUCUACAAUGUACCCUGAAGCCUCAUUGCUUUGCUCGAAUGAUGAAAUGACAAGAGAUAAGCCCUUAAAAACAUGUUGAACACAUUUGGACCCUGAGGUUAUUUAGUUCAAAUGAAAAAUGAGGGGUGAGUAGUUCAAAUUAAUUAAUUUUGCCUGUCAUUUUUCUUUUAGCUUGAUUGCUACAUUUGCUUUGUGCUUCAACGUAAUUUGGUGCUUUGGUAGAUGUCAGACUAAACCACAAAUCUAACUGAAAAGCAUUUUCAAAUCAUUUUCUAGCACAACAGUGUAAAGGGGUACAUAGCAACACACACACACACACACACAAAAAAAGCCCUCGUCAUUAUUAUACUUCUUCCUUGCCACUUUGCAUAAUAUUUGUCAUCCAAUUAAUGCCAGUGUUUGAAUAUGCAAAGCACUUAAAAUGCUCAGAGGCAGAAUUUCCUAUAAAAUUUGGCCAUGGCCUGUGUGUCUUAAUUUAAGUCUAUAUAGAUUGUUUUGCACAUGCAUUAAAGUGUUGUAAGUGUUGUAGGUGAAUGUCCGCCCCAUUCCAAAAAAAAUAGUGCAAACAUAUGGGGAUUUUUGUUUUUUUCCUCUUCUCCUCCAUGUUGACGAAGCAUGCAUUGAACCUUUUGAUGAAGAUGACAUAAAGCUCGAGUCGGAUCUCACAAUCCUCCUCUGGCAGUCUUCUAAGUCUUCUACUGAUAAUGUGAUGCUUCUUGCCAUAGGCCACAUACAGCUGCCAGACACUAAGACUUAAGCUCCCGCUAAAUCCCCUGACGGUGCUUGUAAUGUGGCACACAGUUUUGAAGGAAAUGAUGACUGUGUUUAUAAAAGAUCUCGGCAGUUAGCAAAGCUUCAUUGAGUUUACAGAAUUGUGUGGAAGCUGGUGUACAGAGGCCAACACAAUUAAACAUAACACGAGUUGAGUUUAGUGCCCCAGAUGACGUAUUGAUACCGCCGCGUUGGUCUGCUUCCCGAUGUGUACUCGGUCUCACAGUUCAUUCUGGCACACGCCUUUGUAAUGUAACAAUGGAUUCUUGUCAUUUCUGCAUGUCGAUCACACGUUUUUAUUACGUAACACUUUAUAUUAUUGCCAAAUUAUACGGCAUUUUCCUGAUCUACAAACUAUCACUUCCUCUAGAUUGGGUUCAAUUUCAUCCACCCUCAUCACACGACUUUAUUGUAAUGUAUUUAAAUCAAUCAGUUGUACGGAGUAAGUUGGGUUAAAAAUGGCAGAGGAGUUUUGUUUUUCACAUAAUAGCCAAUAUGCAAGACUUUCAUACCCGGAUGCUUAGGGACAAGAAUGUAUGGAUUUUUUUAUUACUGUAGGUCUGGAAACACAUUUGGGUGUAGAAGAUGUAUGUAUUAUAAAAACAGUAUAAUGCUGUUCAAUGGUGACUAUGUGUAAAGUGCCAACAUAAGCACUGAUUCAAUUUGGUGAUGCAUUUCUUAAUAUUCACUCAUUCUCCAUGUACUACAGUUUCAAACAUUAACUUUUAGAUAUUAUCAUCUCAUCCAUUAUAAUCAAAUCCCAAUGUUAUAUUGGAUGUAGUUUGAAAGGCACAAGCAAGAUUGUAUUGUCCUUUUCAAUAAACUCACUGUAAAUGAAA